CCCCGCGUGCCCUUGGACGUGUGCCUCAAGGCUCAUUGGCUCAGCAUCGAGGGUGUCCAGCCGGCCAUCCCUGAGAACCCACCCCCCGCCCCCAAGGAACAGCAGAAGACCGAGGCCACAGAGCCCCUGAAGGCCGCAAAGCCGGGGCAGGACGACGAUGGGGCCCUGAAGGGCAAGGGCCAGAGCGCAGCCGCCCCCGACGCCAAGGGCAAAGAGAAGAAGGGAGGGUUGCUGGAGGGCGCGGCCCUGCGCCUGAAGCCGCGCAGCAUCCACGAGCUCUCAGUGGAGCAGCAGCUUUACUACAAGGAGAUCACAGAGGCCUGCGUGGGUUCCUGCGAGGCUAAGCGCGCUGAGGCCCUGCAGAGCAUCGCCACAGACCCUGGGCUCUACCAGAUGCUGCCACGCUUCAGCACCUUCAUCUCCGAGGGGGUGCGGGUGAAUGUGGUGCAGAACAAUCUGGCGCUGCUCAUCUACCUCAUGCGCAUGGUGAAGGCGCUGAUGGACAACCCCACCCUGUACCUGGAAAAAUACCUUCAUGAGCUGAUCCCAGCCGUGAUGACCUGCAUCGUGAGCCGCCAACUCUGCCUGCGCCCAGAUGUGGACAACCACUGGGCGCUGCGCGACUUCGCCGCCCGCCUCGUAGCUCAGGUCUGCAAGAACUUCAGCACCACCACCAACAACAUCCAGUCCCGCAUCACCAAGACCUUCACCAAGAGCUGGGUGGACGAGAAGACACCGUGGACGACGCGCUACGGGUCCAUCGCGGGGCUGGCGGAGCUGGGCCCUGAUGUGAUCAAGACACUGAUUCUGCCGCGCCUGGCGGGUGAGGGUGAGCGUGUGCGCGCAGUGCUGGAGGGGCCAGUGCUCAGCACCAUCGACCGCAUCGGGGCUGACCAUGUCCAGAGCCUGCUCCUGAAGCACUGUGCGCCAGUGCUGGCGAAGCUGCGGGCGCCACCAGACAACCAGGAAUCCUACAAGGCUGACUACGGGCACCUUGGCGCCCUGCUCUGCUCCCACGUGGUCAAGGCCCGGGCCCAGGCUGCGCUGCAGGCCCAGCAGGUCAACCGCACCACCCUCACCAUCACCCAGCCACGGCCAACGCUGACCCUG